AUGCCCAUUCCAACCCCCCCGCCAACCAACAACCCCCCACCAAAAUCAACCAGCUCCAACCCCUGGCUGAUCGUCCUCUUAACAACAGCACCACUCCCCCAAGAAGCCCACGAUUACCUAGAAGAGCGCCUCGACCCAGUACCAUACCCAGAAGAGAAAAAAGAAGAAUUCGAAAAAUGGACCCCAACCCCCUCAAACCUAAAAUACAUCGCAAAACAAUCUCCCCACAUAGACAGCCAAGCAAAUCUGUACGCCCUCGCGAUAAAAGUCCACCGAACAGGCCGUGACGGAUGCGUAGUCGUUGAUGAACUCUCAAAACGCCAACUGACAGAUACAUGUCACCAUGGCGAAACGAAGCAGCCUACUCUUGUCUUUAUAAGUAUCUAUGAGGAUCUUUCUGCACGCCAUGGAAUCUCUAUAUGGGCGAGACGAGACACGGCUAAGUAUGAGACAGUUCGUCGGAUGUUUACGAGGUCUAAAUACAGACGCGAGCGUAUGGCUGUUGUUGUACCUGGUGUUGAUCCGUCUACUGAAGCUGUUUCUGAACGCGAACUAUGGGCUGAUCCGGGAUUGGAGCUUCGGGAUCCAGAACGUGGGCUUUUUGAAAUGAGAGAGUUGGGAUCUUCAUCUUUAUCUGAGAUUAAAGAUGGGGCUGAGGUUGAGAUACAAACGGGCUGGGAUGAACAUAUUCAAGCUAUCACGGAUGCUCUUUGGAACUCUCGUCUACCUAGAGAAAUCAUAGAUCAGAUUGUUUCUGAAUGUGAUUCUGGUCCUGGGACUGGAAUCCUUGGUCCUCUAGUUCGGGAUCCUAGGAUUCCAAUGUGGAAAUAUCUCCCAUCCGAUGAUCACUUGGUGAUUUUUCUUCUUUUUCCAACGACAGAAGAUGCUUUCAACCGUACAAAACAAGCUGUUCGAUCCGCCCUGCAUGAAAAUGUACCUUCUGUGUCAUUCGAGUUAAUCCGAUUGGAAGACCACCGUCUCAAAUCUAGAAGGGACAUCAUGUCCUUCUGGAUAGAAUACCAUCGGCACUACGUUGCGUUUCGAAAAAUGGGAUAUCCACCUCUUCACCUGCUCCUAGAACCAAUACAUGAUCAUAACGAUAACGGCUUUGACCUCUCAACACCAUCAUUUGUGGAAAUUAUCUCUCGAUAUAGAUCCACCGCAUGCGCAUCAAGAACAACACUGGGGAAAAUCAUCAAUACCCACGGUGACAGACUUCGAAUCUUACAUUAUCCAGCUCUACAAAAAGAGAAUAUCUCCCACCCCGAUCUACCAUUCUACUAUACAUCUGCACCCUGGCAAACAACUGGACAGUGGACUAGGAAGUGGAGUCCGGCGUUCUAUCUUACGAAUCAAUUAUCCGAGGACGAAGACGCUGAUAUUCGAGAGGAGAUACGCCUUCCAUUUGGACGUGAUAGUAGGGGGUGGACGGAUAAACAGUGUGGAUUUAUCAAGUGGGAUCGAGAAGAAGAUGGAGGUGUAGAGGAUAUUUGGGAUAUUGUGAAGAGGGUACACAGUGAAGGGCUCUUUGGGAGGGGAUAUGAGAUUUUCUUCUGUAUUGAUUUGCAGUCUUCGCUGGAUAGCACUGUUAUUCUUGUUGUGCCGCAGUAUUGGAACCCGGGGAAACGGUGGGAUAAAGUGAAGGAUCUUCCUUGUCCGAGACUUGUGGGGUUUGAUUAUGGUAGGAUGUUGGGACGAAUAGCUCAUUCGGAGGGGUGUUAUGCGAAGUUUGAAGGGAUGGUAAGACAUGAUUUCAAACGGUUUCUGAGGUCGGAUAUUCCUGUGAGGCAUGUGAGGCCUGAUGUCUUUGAUGAUAUGGAUGGAUCUCUUGAAGCCGGUGAUCUUUGGGGUGUAUUAGAUAUCUGA